GAAAAUGACAGUCAAACAAGUAUUGACGUUUCCGCGAAAAUCGAAAUCUGAUGUUACAAAAAAUAUUUUGAUGCGAAUUUCCGCGAAACUAUGAUUUAGAAUUAAUAUUUUAUUUUCGAUAAUGACCAGUUUAUAUUUUGAUAUCAGUGAGCAGCAGUGGCCGAUAGUAUAUGAUGAUAAAUACAAUGUAUCGUUCUUAGGCCUGGAAAAAAUUCACGUAUUCGAUGCUAAGAAAUGGCGCAACAUCAUUCAGAACUUAAAAGAUGCUGAUUUUAUAAACGACGAACUUUUGGUAAAACCAAAUGAAGCACAAAAAAGUGAUCUUCUUGUGGUUCAUACAAAUAGAUAUUUGAAAUCAUUAAAAUGGAGCACCAAAGUUGCAAUGAUAGCAGAAGUGCCGGUUGUUGCGUGUCUGCCAAACAUACUUGUUCAGUAUGCAUAUCUGAGGCCUAUGAGGUUGCAAACAGGCGGCUCUGUGUUAGCGGGAAAGCUGGCUCUGGAGCGUGGCUGGGCCAUCAACGUGGGUGGCGGGUUCCACCACUGCAGCGGAGACAGGGGCGGCGGCUUCUGUCCCUAUGCGGACAUCACGCUGCUCAUACGGUUUCUGGUCAUACAUAAACUCAUACAGAAUGCUAUGAUCGUGGACUUGGAUGCACAUCAGGGUAACGGGUACCAACGGGAUUUUCUGGGCGUCCCCGAAGUCUACAUUAUGGACAUGUAUAAUCGUAACAUUUAUCCAAAAGACAGAGAAGCGAAACAAGCUAUAAGGAGAAAAGUGGAGCUUGGUAACAAAGUGGAGGACUUGGAAUAUAUGCUCAAAUUGAGGCAAAACUUGAAAGCGGCACUUAAAGAGUUCAAGCCCGACAUAUUGGUGUACAACGCGGGAACCGACGUGUUGGACUCUGAUCCUUUGGGACACAUGCGAAUCAGUGAAAUUGGUAUAAUCAAACGGGACGAAUUCGUAUUCGAGAUUUGCAAGGAGCAACACAUUCCAAUAGUGAUGUUGACGAGCGGCGGAUAUCUGCGGAAGACCGCGCGGAUCAUCGCGGAUUCUAUCAUGAACCUCAAUAAGAAGGGGUUCAUAUCAGGAUACAAGCCGCAAGAGAAGUGGUAGUUUCACUUAUUACAAUAACGUGGAGACAGAAAUAAAUUUUUUGAGUUCGGAUUUUGAAAUCGAUAAAACAGUAAACGCAGUUUGAAUUUGGAAUCGAUAAAUAAUAAUCGAUAAUUAUUUUUAUCAGUAUUACUAACGUGACAGUAUUAGAUAUUUGUUAGUUUCUAGUCAAAAUUUCGGCAAUUAUUUUCUACAAUUUGUAUCCUAAAACUUGGAUCUCCUUGUAAUUUGAUGGUCAUGUUUUAUAGUAGAAAUAACUUUCUUAUUAUAUUGUACUUGUAUUUCAAGUGAAUAUUCAUAUCUUUGAAACUUCCUAAAAAUGUAUAAUUAAUUUCUUCAAAACAAAGUUUUAAGAAAUGUAUUUGGUGCCAAAAUUAUUUUGUAGUCAAGAACGAAGUAUUUUAUGAUCUCUUAGUAUAAAGUGCCAAGCAUAGACGUUAGUUAUGGAAUUUAGAAUUCUAUUAUAAUUUUUCUUCUUAUUUUUUCGGUAUUGCAAUGUAAUUGGCUUGAAAGUUUAUUUUCAAAUAAACACUAUUUUCCUCUAA